GAUCACUCCUGCAAGUCCCACUGUGCUCAUUCAAGAAUUGGUUGUCUAGGUUGGCCUGCAAUCUGCGUACCACGGAAAUAAGUUCACCUGAGGAUCAGUACUAGCGCCCCUUGCUCUCCUCAGUGUAUCAAUUAAACAAUCGCCUCUAAUUACAAAAUAGCCCCCUGAUGUCGAGGACUCGAUUGCCCCCUCGAUCUUCAGGUGAAUAUGUUGUACAAUUGACACAUAGCAGCAGAAGGCUGCAAAAGUGAAACUCAAAAUGACUGAUCAGUCAUCUUGGCUGGUUUACUAUCACUAACAAAUAAAAAGAUCAUUGCAAUUGCUGAAAGGGAUCACUGUCUGUGUGUACAGUAGUGAGAACGAGACAACGAAGGGAUAUGAUGAGGUAACAAACCGAGAAUGAGAUAUAGAAGUGGUGACCUCCUCAGCUAUGCAGUCCUUACGCUCACUUUGCAUCUCAAUGGUCAAGUUGAUGGUGGAGGUGUAUGCAAAGACUCGCAAGGACGGACUUACGAAACUGGCCACUUGUUCAUACCUGAGCCCUGCACUGUGUGCAUCUGCGACAAUGGGAAUCCCAAGUGGUGUAAGGAAGUCAUAUGCACUCUGCCGCAGAAACCAAUGUCGAAGCAAGACUGCAAAUCAUUCAGGAUGGACGGCACUCCUUGCUGCGAAUUUAUAUGUCUGGAUAAUACACUGUCUUCAGUGACAAACGACAAAACCGAUGGAAUAGACGGGAGCAACGAUGCCACUGCUAGUUACGAUCUUGGAUUGAGACUGGUCGCAAGCUGUUUUACAGCCAUUCUAUCUCUCAGUCUUCUGUUCUUCCUCAUACACAGACUUCGGCAACGAAAAAUUCGAG